AUGGUAUCACAUUCUGUAUUGCAACAAGACAACCAGUCAUUAUAUUAUUUCAUGGCAACUCAAAUCACAGAAUUCAUGUUGACAUUAAUUGAUCGAGACUUACAAAUAUUAGAUCUUGAGGGUUCAGUUGAACAAAAGAGGAAAGAAAAGGACACAUCAGAGGCUGAGAAUGUACAACUGAAACAAACAGUGGCACGACUUGAAUCCAAAAAUGAAGAGAUGGUGGAACAGAUUAAUGAGUUUUUUGUUCAUGUCAUAACCCAACAAUAUUAG